AUGGGAGUCGCCGUAUGGUUUGUGCCACACGCGGGAUCAGCUGUGUACGAAACGUUGCAAUCACUCAUACUUUCUUUACAGACAUUAUUUCCUGACGCACCUGCAUUCGAGCCCCAUCUAACUAUCACAUCGCAGCUGAAAUGCGAUUCCAAAAACGACGUCCAGCAGAUACUGACAACCUGUGUCGCCGCCUUUGGCGCGGUAAAAACCAGGCUGAAAGAGGACAAUGAGACCAUAGUCUCUUUCACGGGUGCUGGAAUCGGAAAGGGCUACUUCACGAAAGUCCGGCUGCUGUGUCCAGAAAACAAGUAUUUGAUGGGCAUCGCGCAGAUAGUACGAGAGCUUUUUGUAGCGGAAACUGCUGAGGAGGCGUCCCAAUGGCUUCUAGAAGAGUUCCGGCCGCACAUUUCGCUGGUCUACUCUGACAUGUAUCAUGUAAACCAGGCUCUCGAACGGGUCAUUGCGCAGAGAAUUGAAGAUACGCUGGAUCUGUCGCUACGAGAAAAUGCUGUGGCCGGCGAAAGGAAUCAAAAAUCGUGGUCCUUUAGCCGUCUUUCACCGGGUUGGAGUCUACCAGGAACCUUUAAAGUAGUCAACUGUGACGGGCCAAUACAGGAUUGGCAUGUCUUGGGCAGCGUUGAAGUAUGA